CUUGACAUGCAAGAAAGUAUUUCAUUAUUUCCUAUUCUUCUACGUCAAAUGCACCUAACACCUCUUCGCUGGUUCGAUUGCUUUAACGCAAGUUCGUAACUCUAUCCUCCCACCCCCACUUUGACAAAGUCUUCUUCUUCUCCCCACCAUUAUAAUAACAACCCAUCUUCAAGUCCAUCCUUCAUAUUCAUGUCACCAAGUUACACAAUCCCCAUAAUCUUCACUUGAACCGCUUCAAAGAUACACUGUUGUAGAGUUUUUGUCUCUCACUUUGCUAUUCAACAAGAAUAUAAUGUCUCAGAAUCUUAGAUCAAGAACAGCCACAUCUACAUCCGCCGCUCCGACGGUGGAUGAGCGUGAGGUUUCGCCGCCGUCCCCGGCGGCGACGACUUCGCCGUCGUUGUCGCAGCGUGCCUUGGAGAGCACGGCACACCUAGCCAAUCUCCUUCCAACUGGCACGCUCCUAGCCUUCCAGCUACUAACCCCAAUCUUCACCAACAACGGCUCAUGCGACGCGGCCACGCGCCCCAUGACGCUCGUCCUCCUCUCAAUCCUCGCCCUCUCCUGCUUCCUCGCGUGCUUCACCGACAGCGUCCGCGCGCGUGACGGCCAAGUCUACUACGGCUUCGCCACGCGCCGGGGCCUGUGGCUCUUCGACUCCCAGGCGGCGGCGGCCUCCGGGAUCUCCGGCGGCGCCGAUCUAGUGAAGUUCAGGGCGGGAUCCAUCGACUACGUGCACGCAGUUCUCUCCGUGCUCGUUUUCGUGGCGAUCGCCUUGAAAGACAAGAAUGUGGUGAGUUGUUUGUAUCCGAGGCCGAAUCAUGAAACGCAGGAGGUUUUGGAUGUGGUUCCGAUUGGGAUUGGUUUGCUGUGUAGUCUCAUGUUUUUGGUCUUCCCCACACGGAGACAUGGCAUUGGCUUCCCUGUUACUUCUGGGAAAUCGGACUUGUAAUUUUAGGGUACUUAUCAACACGUACUGUAGAUGAUUCAUUACAUUCAUUGUAUCUAACUAUCUGUUGCUUGUAUAUGUCGAAUAAUGUCCAAAUUUAGUAAGUUAUUUGAGUUUGGUUUCGCAAAUGUUCAAAUUUAA